AUGGUGUUCCUGGGCAUCGGCUUGCUUAAUGAUUUUGAAUCGGGCGGUUCUCUAACGUUUAAUAUUCACGCAGAGGCAAUCACGACCACAGUCGAAAGCUCGGUCAUUAUUCCGGUCACCUCGACCGGGUCCACACCGAUCUCCACUCUUUUCUCCCCAUGCCCUUCCACUGGCGGCGGCAAUUCUACCACUUCUGUCUCCACCAGCACCACCACUUCCGGCGUUUCGACGUCUGUCUCCACCAUCAUCGGUUCAUCUGCUACAACGCUCCCGAAUGGACAAGUCUCGUACUUCACGUUCACCUCCACCGAGACCAAGAUUCUCUCCCCAACGAUUGGUGCAAAUAGCAAUAGCAAUAACGACAGCUCAACCGUACCUCUUGGACCCGUCAUUGGAGGCGCGCUCGGAGGAUUUGUCGGCUUGAUCGUGUUGGCUGUGUUGUUCUGGUAUUGCUGGCGUCGCAAAGACGGGAUCCGGCAGCUGUGGAACAAGGAGCACAUGCCCAACUUCGAGCCAUCGACGCACGCCUCGUGGAUACACCGCUCGGAAAUGAACUACCCCGCGCCAGGUCCCGAGCCAAAGCCGUACAUGUACGGUCUGGUCGGUGGCAAGACGUCCACCCCCUCCCGCUCCUCCUCUCCGAAUGGCUCCCCGGUCCCCACGCGCCCGCAGUCCAUUGCGCACCCGACCAACCUGGGCCUCCCCGCCGGCCAGCUGACGCCUGGGUCGUACGCGCCCGGCUACGGAGGCUCCAACCACGGGCACACGACCACCCCAGGGCACUCCCCCAGUCCGUACGCCACCGCGUUCCCUCCCCAAGGCAGCCAGCCGCCCACCCCCGGCAUGCACAACGUCCCUGGGCCUGGCCCCAUGGGCUUCGCACAAGCGCAGAUACAACCGCUUCCGUCCGCGUACAUCACUCCCCUCCCACCAUCUCCCCUACCCGCUCCUGCUCCUGCUCCUGCCCAGCCUCAGCCUCAGCCUCAGCCUCAGCCCACCCUUGCAGCCCCCGCACCUCCCGCCCCCGCGAAGACGUCGGCACGACGCGAGGUGACCUCGGUCGGAACCGCUGUCAGCUACCCGACUCCGGUCCCCCUACGGUCGGAGGAUCUGCGCGAGGCCGAGUCGGACGACGAGGGCGACGGGAGCUCGGUGCCGUACCGACCGCCGCGGCUGUCGCUGCGGCUCGCGAACUGGAACCCGGACACGGACGGGGAGCUGUUCCCGCGCGCGAGCGGCGAGGACGACCGGCGGGGCGUGGUGCGGCAGCGGCGCGGGACGCAGGACGACAAGACUUGA